UUAAUAGUGGAGCUCUUCCAGGCAAAUAUCUAACCAUCUAUUGUCAAUAUUUAAGAUUAUAAACACAUUAAGAAUCGACAGAAAUACUGAAGAUGGAAGAAAGUUGCAAAAAUAUAUGGAAAGCAGUGAUUGUUCGUCUGAUAUUUGUAAUCCAUUCUGGCCUGGCUUACUGGCGCGUGGCGUCCGUCUAUGAUAAGUCUCGGUUUUAUCUACUCUUUCUUCUCCUGCUGCAGGUGGCCGAGUGUCUCUACACCGUCAUUGGAAGAAAAGGAGUGGAAUACAAGUGGUUCUCUUCAUGCUUCUUCUUCUACAUAGCGAGUACGGUUCCUGCAAUCUGGAUGCUGGAGAUAGACAGACUCGAUCGCUAUACGGAAAUUUACCAAAGAGAAAAUGGAACACAUCUCGAAGCACUAAUAGCUAUAAAAGGGGUGACCUUACCAUUUACCCUUGCACCUGACAUCUGGGUCUCCUUAAUUGAACAAGGAAUGCUCUUUCUGGUGAUCUUUGGACGACUGAUACUGCCUCGAGGUGAACUGUCACGUGACCAGCUUGCAGAACUUUUGUUCGUCUUCAUCGGCAUGGCAUCGGACAACUCGGAUCUGUUCGUUCUGUUCGACGAGUCGGCCGUCAGGAAGGACAGAGGUUUGACGAUCGCCAUCCUUGUCGUCUGGUGUCUUAGCAUGAUACUGUAUGCAGUAGGACUGACAGUCGCCAAAACGUCUCGCGGGAAAUUUUGGUCUUUGCUCUGCGCAUUCCUUCUGCAGGAUUUCCCGUAUUUGAUCGUAAGAGUGGUGGUUUUAGCAAAGUACGCGUUGGCCAGUUAUGGCGUUCUCUUCUUUCUGUUCAAGAACAUCUUUGUCACGAUACUGGUAUUUUACAAACUGUUCACUUUGUGUGACAAUGAAGAUGAUUAGGAUUAGGACUAUAGGUCUGUCCGUCUGGCUGUCUGUCAGUCUGUCUCAUAUAUAGUUGUCCGAACCUUUUUUUUCUGCAAUGUCUUAAGAUAUUGAGCUGGAAUUUUGGUUAUAUCUUUAUCAUGUACUGUUACAAAUCAUGUUUGACUUUCAUGACAAUUCACCAAUUUUAAACAGAAUUAUAUCCUUUGAACGUAGAAGAUACGAAAAUUUGUUUUCGCAAUGCCUCAAGAUAUUGAACCGAAUUAUUUUAAUAUAGCUUUAUCGUGUACUGUUACAUAUGAAUUUUGAAGUUCCUGGCGAUUUACCCAAUUUUGACCGAGUUAUUGCUCUUAAACUUAGAAGAUCAAAGAAUAUUUUGUGGGCCCGAAUAACUGUUCAAAUAAUUAUCAACAGGAAUAAUGACCCUUGUCAAAACCCGUCAAAACUCGAAGAUAAGACUACUUCAAAUGAAUGACGAAAUCAUAAUAAAAAUAUUUUUCACAGUUCCGAACAUUCACGAGUAAGUAAACGACGAACUGGAGACAGAAUAUAAAAUCUUAAAGGUAGAACGAAAAAUAUGUUUUAAAAACGUCAGCUACUAUAUGCUUGCUUUUUUGUUUUACUUUCGCAAAGCUUCCGUUAGUAUGCGGACAAGGGGCUUGCUUUUAAAAUUAUUGCAGUACGAUUUAGAUAGUAGUUUUUUUCUUCAAUUUAAUGGAAUCCAUGUAUAAAAAUUCAGAAAGCUGUAUUAAAGUUAGCGAAAAGCAAACAAAAUUCUUCUCAUAUAACAAAUGUGUUAAACAAGGUGAGUCUUUAAGUCCACUUUUAUUCAAUCUUAAUAUUAAUGAUUUACCAUUAAAGAUGUAAACAUGAUGCGCCAAUGGAUUUCAUAGAGGCCAAUUUCACAAAUUUGAAAAAGUGUCACCACCUCACCAAAGCAAAAUAUAACGGUAUAACAUUAAACUACAAUAAUUAUCACCACGCACGCACGCGCAUGCCCACCCCUAUUAAACCGACAUAUGUGAUGCUAAGAAAUAUACAUAUACUAUGUAUGUAGUAAAGAGAAAAACCUUUCAAAAACAACAUGAACAGUUUAAAACAGUAUUUACGAUUAAGCUGCAAGAACACUGUUAAAAGUAAAUUAAAUAUUAUGGCAAAAUGAUAUUACAAACAACUAUGUUUAAAUGAAAACGAAGAAACAACUUUACAAUGUGCAUUAGAAUAUAACAAAAAAAAAAAAAAAAAAUGUAAAAAAACCUAAAAACACAACAAAAACAACCCCAACCUUGUAAUAAUAUGUAGAGGGUGAAGUUAGUUAGGAGACAAAUACAUCUAGUAAGAGACAACGUGUAUAAUUAAGUCAAGAAAUCAAAUAAUUAUAUUUUGUAGGACUUUUUGUUUAAUGAUUCUACUUCGACUGCUUCAGUAGUUUGUUCGCAUUAAAGCACAAUUGUUACUUCUAAUAUAAUUAAAUAAUAAUAAAAAAUUACUACAAUG